GGAGGACAGCGAGACCCAGCACCACGGUUGAUCCGCCACUCAAAUCGCAUCUCAAAAAAUUUCCAUGGUUCACAUUCUCGACGACAACUCAUCCACCCAAGCACAACAUGGCGCCCAAACGCCCUCUAGACGAUGCGAAGUCAUCGCAGGAACCGAAAAAGCCCAAGAAGGGAUUUAGAGUCGGGCCAGAUAAUCUACCAGACGGACCUUGGCGACGGAAAGUCACCAAAAUCAAGCAAGACUUGAUCCACAAGGCCAAGGUCAAGAAACAAUACGCCAAGGUCAAAGCCGAGGAAGAUAAGAAGGAGAAGGAGCAAGAGCAGCAGCACGAUGAGGUGCACGAGGAAAAAGCGCACAACGAUGAGGACGCGAGUGAAGCGCUCCACCCCACGAGACAGCUGAUGCUCAAGGACGAGGAAGUAGCCCAGAAGAACGCCAUCGCAAACGGCGAACCAGUGGACGCCGACGGCCACCGUCGCUGCACACGGCGGCCAGGAUACUAUGACAAGCAAUUGGCCAAGGCUGAGGAGCACAAGGCUGAGAUUGAGGCACGCAAAGCAGAGGCAGCGCGCCGGCGGGCCGAGCGCGAGCAGAAAAUUGCGGAGCGAGAGAGGUACAAGAGAGCCAUGGCGAAGACAAGGGGCAAAGACGGCAAGAAGAAGCUGGGUCGCGAGAGCGGUCUCCUGCUUGAGAAGGUGAAGAAGAUGAUGGGCGAGUAAAGUCAUGAUUUUCAGUUUGAGUUAAGUUUGGCAAGGCGCUUCGCGUUUUGAAAAUGCUGCCGAAUCACAUAGCGGUCCUAAUCAAGUAGGUACCACUUUGCGAUGAGCUGUAACGUAUUGUGUUUGAUGCGACGUCUGGUAUUAUCUGGCUUGUGGUCCCGACCAUUACCAUUGUCAAGGCAUUGCUGCCUUCUGAGCACACAACGCCAUGUCAUCGAGGUACGAAUAAUAGUAUCGACUAAUGUACGUG